AUAAAAAUAUAUAUAUGUAUUUUUAUAUAAAUAUAACAUUAAUUAUACAAAUUAAUUUUAAUUAUUGCGUAAAAUAUUUGUUGAGCUUGCAAUAUUUUUUUAUAAUAAUUUUUUUACGGCUCACAAAAUUUCUCAAGUCAUAUGUUAUAAGAAUUACACAUCAUUUUUCCAAUGAUCAAUUUAUUCCAAGUAAUAAGAAUUGAUCGAAGAAUGCUAUGGUUACUUCAAGACUAACAAAUAGUUUCUCCGGCUUUACGCAGCAUUUACUUAUAGUUUUAAACAUAAACUCAUUGAGUGCACAUAGAAUAAAGAGUCUAUGCCAGUUCCUAAAUUUGUUAUAAAAAAAAGAACUUUAUUAUAUUGAGAAAAAAGCAAUUAUAAAAAAUUACAAUUAAGUUAUUAAUAUUAUUUUGAAUAUAGAUUAUGUUAUAAAUUAUGUUAUAGACUGUUACUUCUAUUAAUAAUGUUCGGUUUAAAGAUAGCAAAAUGCAGAAAAGAUGGCGACUGUUCAAUGCCACGGACUUCCAAUCUUUAAUGCUUCCCUGCUUCACUUUUUGCCGUAUUCUCGGAUUAUUUCCAUACAAAAUCAACCUUUCGACUUUUGAAUAUUCAAGAUUGCGUUAUUUCCUGUCAACUGUGGUUACCUGUGUCUGUUGCAUUUUAGAGCUGGCAUUCAUUUACCAUAUUGCUAUAUCUAAAGCUAUUGACUUUGGAGAUGAAACCAGAAAUUUUGAAGCCUUAUGUUUCUAUACAUGCGCCGGUUUUAUACAAAUUACCACGCAUGUUCUCAGUGGUCCGCGAACGCAUUUGUUACAGACUAUUUUCGAAAUCUCUUUAAGACUACCGUCGAAAUCGUAUCAAAAGUUAUCUAGAUUGAUUCACGGCAAAGAUGUUUUUGGUACUAUCUUGCAAAUCGUACAAUUAUACAUGUUCUUUUCUAAAACACCGCUGUUUGAAUUGACUUGUCAGAAUAUCUUAAUUCAAUUAGUCACAAUGUACUUGGAACUGCUGAUGUUUCAAAUGAAUAUGCUAUACAUAAAUUGUGUUUGUAUAUUAAAGGCUUGUUUCAAAAAAAUUAAUGACACUCUAGUGUACAUUAAAAAAUUUGUGAAGACCGAUAUAAAACCAUGCGUUCCUAAAUUAAUGUGGCAUAUGCAGAGAAAUCAAUUUGUGCUAAUACAACUUAAAGACCUUAGAAAACAGCAUUUGCUAAUUUGCAAAACAGUGCAAAUUUUGAACAUAAUUUUUAGCAUACAACUUGUUGCUGCUAUAGUUAUGUCUUUUACUGAAAUCACCUUCGAACUAUAUUCGUACAUAGUGCGCUGGAAUAAUGGAAUACUUAUUAGUUUAAAUUGGCAGUUUCUUGAUGUGCUUAUAACAUCCAUGACUUUUUAUAUUAUAAAAUUAACGCUACUUGUAUGGAUCUGCGAGACCGGAAAGAAUGAAGCCCAAAAAAUCCGUACCACUAUUCACGAUUUACAUAACAGCACCAGUGAUAAGAAACUGAAGUACGAGUUACAACUGUUUUCUUUACAAAUUCUGCAUCACAAGAAUACAUUUUCAGCGAAAGGCCUCACUAUAGAUAUGACGCUUCUCACAGCAGUAAGUAACCAAUCAUUUUUUUUAAUUACUAAAGCAUAUAUCGUAUAUAUAUUUUUUUUACUUUUUUUAGAUGGUGGGUAGCAUCACAACAUAUUUGUUAAUUUUGAUACAAUUUUUAAU